AUGGAUAUUCAUUUGAUCGACGAGGUUUCGCCAAUGGUGAAUCACGGCAUGGAAGAUCAUGUAGACGCCGAACCUAGAGAUUGCAGUGUAUCGAAUCACAUCGAGAACUCACUGGUGGGAUCUCAAGACGAAUCCGGAAUCGCAGAGCCAUGUGUAGGCAUGGAGUUCAAUUCAGAGAAAGACGCUAAAUCGUUCUACGAUGAGUACUCUAGGCAGCUCGCGUUUACUUCCAAGCCAGUCCCGAAAUCCGAUGGCUCCGUUCGUGAGUUCGUGUGCACUAGUAGUAGUCAUAGCAAAAGAUCUAAACGAAGACCUGUGGAGAGCUGUGAUGCAAUGGUGAGGAUAGAGAUGAAUAAUGGUAACGGUAAAUGGAUUGUGACGAAGUUUGUCAAAGAGCAUAACCAUGGAUUAGCGAGUCCCAAUACGCUCCACUGUCUUCGUCCUCGUAGGCAUUUCGCCAAUUCCGAGAGCGUGAAUGUGGUGCCUAGUGGUAUGAUGUAUGUUUCCAUGGAUGGGAAUCGUGUAGAGUCUAAUGGUAGAGGAGCUAGAGGUUCGUCUAAUGGAAACACGAAGAGAACGCUCGGGCGUGAUGCGCAUAAUCUGCUGGAGUAUUUCAAGAGGAUGCAGGCGGAGAAUCCUGGUUUCUUCUACGCGAUUCAGCUUGAUGAUGAUAAUCAGUUGACGAAUGUGUUUUGGGCGGAUUCGAGGUCGAGGAUUGCUUAUUCCCAUUUUGGCGAUACGGUGACUCUAGAUACAAGGUACAGGUCGAAUCAGUAUCGUGUUCCUUUUGCUCCGUUUACUGGUGUGAAUCAUCAUGGUCAGAGUAUUUUAUUUGGCUGUGCAUUGGUUUUGGAUGAGUCAGAUGCGUCGUUUAUCUGGCUGUUCAAGACUUUUCUGACGGCGAUGAGAGAUCAGCCGCCGGUUUCUUUAGUGACUGAUCAAGAUAGAGCUAUACAGAUUGCUGUUGCUCAGGUGUUUCCAGGUGCUCGUCACUGUAUAAACAAGUGGGAUGUGUUGAGGGAAGGUCAGGAAAAGCUGGCUCAUGUGUGUCUUUCGUAUCCUAGCUUUCAGGUGGAGCUGUAUAACUGUAUCAACUUCACCGAGGCGAUAGAUGAGUUUGAGUCGUCCUGGAGUUUGAUUAUUGAUAGGUACGACUUGGGAAGACAUGAAUGGCUUAGCUCUUUGUAUAAUGCUCGAGCUCAGUGGGUGCCUGUUUACUUCCGGGACUCGUUCUUCGCUGCGGUGUUUCCUAGCCAAGGCUAUCCUGGCUCGUUUUUCGAUGGGUAUGUGAAUCAGCAGACGACUCUUCCGAUGUUCUUUAGGCUUUACGAGAGGGCUAUGGAGAGCUGGUUUGAGAUGGAGAUUGAAGCGGAUCUCGACACUGCCAACACGCCUCCAGUGUUGAAAACUCCAUCGCCGAUGGAGAAUCAGGCUGCAAAUCUCUUUACGCGGAGGAUCUUUGCAAAGUUUCAGGAAGAGCUGGUGGAGACAUUCGCUUACACUGCAAACAGGAUUGAUGAUAGUGAUACCGCCAGCACGUUUAGGGUUGCGAAAUUUGAAAACGACGACAAAGCUUAUAUAGUGACGUUUUGCUACCCUGAGAUGAGAGCAAACUGCAGCUGCCAAAUGUUUGAGCAUUCCGGGAUACUCUGCCGGCAUGUUUUGACGGUGUUUACCGUCACGAAUAUACUCACUUUGCCACCGCAUUAUAUCCUGAGGCGGUGGACGAAAGAUGCCAAGAGCGAUGUAGGGUUGGAUGAGCUUGUCGGUGAAAACGGCCACGAGAGCUUGAGUCACCGUUAUAAUCAUUUAUGUCGUGAGGCCAUCAAGUAUGCUGAGGAAGGAGCAAUUACAAGUGAAACUUAUAAUACUGCUAUAGGGGCACUCAGAGAAAGUGGCAAGAAGGUUUCUAUUGUCAGGAGAAAUGUAGGUAGAGCCGCACCUCCUAGCUCACUCGGUGGUGGAAUUGGUAGUGAUGACAGGACCUCGCUAUCAUCUGCUGACUCAACCCCGUUGCUGUGGCCGCGUCAGGAUGAAAUGAUACGCAGAUUUAAUCUUAACGAUGGUGUGGCCAGAGGUCAAUCUGUUGCUGAUCUGAAUCUCCCGCGUAUGGCGCCAGUGUCUCUUCACCGAGAUGAUGGCGCUCCUGAGAAUAUGGUAGCUCUUCCUUGUCUUAAGUCAAUGACUUGGGUGAUGGAGAGUAAGAAUACAAUGCCCGGUGGUAAAGUUGCAGUUAUCAAUUUAAAGUUGCACGAUUACAGAAAGUUUCCAUCAGCAGAUAUGGAGGUCAAAUUUCAGCUGUCUAGCGUCACGCUUGAACCUAUGUUAAGGUCUAUGGCUUACAUUAGCGAGCAACUCUCAGCUCCAGCGAAUAGAGUAGCUGUCAUCAAUCUGAAGCUUCAAGACACGGAGACAACAACAGGAGAAUCAGAGGUCAAAUUUCAGGUGUCCAGGGAUACACUAGGUGCCAUGUUGAGAUCAAUGGCUUAUAUCCGUGAGCAGCUCUCUAUUGUUGGAGAGGUUCAGAUAGAACCACAAUCGAAGAAGCAACGCAGGUGA